AUGGCGCAACAACAGCAAGUCGCUCUUGAGCGGCUUGAGCACAUCACUAGGGGCCUACGGUCUCGUGUUGGAGACGAUGUGCGCAAGCGAGCUGCUAUUCAGCUCCGUGACCUUGUGGUCGUUUGCCAUCGAGACCUGAGCCAAGAGCAGUUUCUUGCCUUCUACAAUGCUGUCAAUAAUAAAAUUACUCAACUUAUUACCCAUGGCAGCGACUCUGCGGAGCGUCUGGGCGGCAUCUACGCACUAGACGCCCUUGUCGAAUUCGACGGCGUUGAUGUUGCGGCCAAGUAUACUCGAUUCACGCAGAACAUCAAGACAAUUCUACGCGGCAAAGAUAUAAACCCAAUGAAACCGGCAGCCAUUGCGCUUGGAAAAUUAUGCCGACCUGGAGGCUCUCUCAUCUCCGAAUUAGUCGAUUCUGAAGUAAAUACCGCGUUGGAGUGGCUCCAAAACGACCGAGUCGAAGAGCGUCGGUAUAGUGCUGUCCUCGUUCUCAGAGAGUUGGCGAGGAAUGCACCAACGUUGAUGUACCAAUAUAUUCCAACGAUAUUUGACUGGAUUUGGGUCGGAUUAAGAGAUCCUCGACAGCUCAUCCGAGAGACUUCGGCAGACACAGUCGGUGCCUGUUUCCGCAUCAUCCGCGAACGAGACCAAGAGAUGAAACAGAUUUGGAUGAGCAAGAUUUACAACGAGGCUAGGCAGGGUCUUAAGGUCAACACUGUCGAGUCCAUCCAUGCCUCCCUACUAGUUCUGAAAGAGCUGCUUGAGCAAGGAGGCAUGUACAUGCAGGAGCAUUACCAGGAAGCUUGUGAAAUUGUAUUCAAACACAAAGACCACAGAGACCCAACCACCCGAAGAACAGUUGUGUCGCUCAUUCCUGAUCUGGCCAGCUACUCGCCGGCCGAUUUUGCGCACUCGUGGCUGCACAAAUUUAUGGUCUAUUUAUCCGGAAUGCUCAAAAGAGACAAGGAACGGAAUGAUGCAUUCUUGGCUAUUGGAAAUAUUGCCAACUCUGUCAAGAGUGCCAUUGCCCCUUAUCUUGAUGGCGUCCUCAUUUACGUCAGAGAAGGUCUUAGUGUUCAGUCGCGCAAGAGAGGCUCUGUCGAUCCUGUCUUUGACUGCAUCAGCCGAUUGGCGGUUGCUGUUGGGCAAACAUUGAGUAAAUACAUGGAGGCACUUUUGGAUCCCAUUUUCGCUUGCGAUUUGACCCCAAAGCUCACCCAAGCACUAGUGGACAUGGCGUUCUAUAUCCCCCCGGUUAAGCCUACCAUCCAGGAAAGGCUUCUGGAUAUGCUGAGCGUUGUCCUUUGUGGCGAACCUUUUAAGCCACUUGGUGCACCUCAGCCCAACACUCUUAGCUCGGUUCCUGCCAUCACUAAGGACGUCAAGGACCCCCAGGCAUACGAGAAUCGACGGUCAGAAGUCAAGUUGGCGCUUAAUACGCUGGGCAGCUUUGAUUUCUCCGGACACAUUUUGAACGAGUUCGUUCGCGAUGUCGCCAUAAAAUAUGUGGAAGACGAAGACCCUGAAAUUCGAGAAGCUGCUGCUUUGACGUGCUGUCAGUUUUAUCAUGCCCUGCAGGUUGUUGGCGACGUAAUUGAGAAACUACUGACUGUGGGCAUUUCGGAUCCCGACUCUCAUAUCAGACGAACAGUCCUGGCUGCCCUAGAUGAGCGUUUUGAUCGUCAUCUUGCAAAGGCUGAGAACAUCAGGAUUUUGUUCUUUGCCCUGAAUGAUGAAGUGUUUGCCAUUCGCGAAGUUGCUAUCUCGAUUAUCGGUCGGUUGGCGCGAUUUAAUCCUGCAUACGUCAUUCCCUCAUUGCGCAAGACUCUAAUUCAAAUGCUUACGGAGCUCGAGUUCUCGGAUGUGGCACGAAACAAGGAAGAAAGCGCCAAGCUGCUGAGUCUUCUGGUACAGAAUGCUCAGUCACUCAUUAAACCUUAUGUUGAGCCUAUGAUAUCAGUACUUCUGCCGAAAGCUAAGGACUCUAGUCCGUCAGUUGCGGCUACUAUCCUCAAGGCACUGGGAGACCUCGCGACAGUCGGCGGCGAAGAUAUGCUACCGUAUAAAGAUCGCUUGAUGCCAUUGAUUAUUGAUGCGCUGCAAGACCAGAGUUCAAAUAUUAAGCGGGAGGCUGCUCUCAACGCUCUGGGCCAGCUGGCUAGUAACUCUGGCUACGUCAUUGAGCCGUACCUGGAUUAUCCCCAGCUCUUAGAAAUUCUGCAAGGCAUCAUACGUACAGAGGACCAGAGAGGCCCUCUGCGGCAACAAACUAUUAAGCUCAUGGGUAUUCUGGGUGCUCUGGAUCCGUACAAACAUCAGCAGGUGGAAGAGCACACGCCUGAAAUCCAGCGACGAGUCGACUCGAACCAGAUGACUGAUAUUUCGUUGAUGAUGACCGGGUUAACACCCUCUAAUAAAGAGUAUUUCCCCACCGUUGUCAUCAACGCACUGCUGCAAAUUCUUAAAGAUACCUCUUUGGCCCAGCACCACGCGGCUGUUAUUGAGGCAAUAAUGAAUAUCUUUCGCACUUUGGGCUUGGAGUGCGUUUCGUUUCUCGAUAGGAUCAUCCCAGCAUUUUUGCAAGUGAUUCGAUCUUCAGCCUCGACCCGACUAGAAUCUUAUUUCAAUCAAUUAGCGACGCUAGUCAGCAUCGUUCGCCAGCAUAUUAGGAACUAUCUCCCGGACAUCAUACAGAUACUUCAAGAUUACUGGGAUAAAUCACCAUCAUUACAAACGACAAUCCUGUCCCUCGUAGAAGCAAUUUCGCGGUCGUUGGAAGGAGAAUUCAAAGUUUACUUAGCUGGUAUUCUGCCCAACAUGCUCGGAGUGCUUGACAAGGAUUCAUCUGCCAAGAGAGUGCCCUCUGAGCGAGUCUUGCAUGCCUUCCUUGUUUUCGGUGCCAGCGCUGAAGAGUAUAUGCACUUGAUAAUUCCUGUUAUUGUUCGCACUUUUGAAAAGCAAGGGCAACCUGUGUUCAUACGAAAGCACGCCAUUGAUACUAUUGGCAAGAUAUCACGGCAAGUCAAUCUGAAUGACUAUGCAGCGAAGAUAAUUCAUCCACUCACUCGAGUGCUUGAUAGCGGCGACCCUGCUCUGCGGGUGACGGCCCUUGAUACGCUUUGUGCUUUGAUACAGCAACUUGGAAAGGACUAUGUGCAUUUCAUGCGCACGGUCAAUAAAGUCAUUACUCAGCAUCAGAUACAGCAUCAAAAUUACGAUCUUCUUGUGAGCAAGCUUCAAAAGGGUGAAGUUUUGCCACAGGAUUUGACAUCCGAGUCACGAUUUGCUGAUAUUGCAGAUGAAACACAGUUCGCGGAUCUGGGAACUAAGAAAUUGGAGAUGAACGCAAUUCAUUUAAAGGCGGCAUGGGACACAAGAGGCAAAUCCACCAAGGAGGAUUGGCAAGAGUGGCUCCGGCGGUUCAGCACGACCUUACUGACAGAGUCGCCAAACCAUGCACUUCGUGCAUGCGCAAGCUUGGCAAGUGUUUAUCUGCCGCUGGCCCGUGAGCUCUUCAACUCGGCGUUUGUAUCUUGCUGGAGUGAGCUGUAUGAACAGUUUCAAGAUGAGCUGAUACAGAACAUUGAGAGCGCUAUCAAGUCGGAGAACGUCCCACCCGAUCUGUUGGGACUGCUUUUGAACCUUGCUGAGUUUAUGGAACACGACGACAAGGCUCUCCCAAUUGAUAUCAGAGUACUCGGACGAGAAGCUGCCAGAUGUCAUGCGUAUGCAAAGGCACUUCAUUACAAGGAGCUGGAAUUCCUGCAAGAUCAGAGUAGCGGCGCUGUCGAGGCACUCAUUGUCAUUAACAACCAGCUUCAGCAGUCUGAUGCCGCCAUCGGUAUUUUACGAAAGGCUCAGCUUUAUAAGGAAGGCAUACAGCUUCGUGAGACCUGGUUUGAGAAGCUUGAGAGGUGGGAAGAGGCUCUAGCUUUUUACAACAAGCGUGAACGAGAGAUCCCUGCUGACCAGCCCACCCCAAUUGAAAUCGUCAUGGGUAAAAUGAGAUGUCUGCACGCCCUUGGAGAAUGGGAUGCGCUUGCCAACCUCACCGGCAGCACUUGGGUCAAUUCUGCUCCUGAGGUGCAACGGAUGAUUGCGCCGCUCGCCACCGCUGCUGCAUGGGGGCAAAACAAAUGGGACCACAUGGAUAACUAUCUGUCGUCUCUUAAACGGCACUCGCCAGAUAGAUCCUUCUUUGGUGCCAUACUUGCGCUCCACAGAAAUCAGUUUCGUGAGGCUGUCGCGUGCAUCGAGCAGGCUCGUGAGGGUCUGGAUACCGAGCUGAGUGCUCUUGUUAGCGAGUCUUACAACAGAGCAUAUCAGGUUGUCGUCCGAGUUCAAAUGCUCGCGGAAUUAGAAGAACUUAUUGUUUACAAGCAGUGUGACGAGAAGAAACAGGCAACAAUGCGCAAAACUUGGGAGACCAGAUUACAGGGAUGUCAGCGUAACGUUGAGGUUUGGCACAGAAUGCUACGCCUUAGAGCCUUGGUCAUCUCACCGGCGGAGAACAUGCGUAUGUGGAUCAAGUUUGCCAAUCUUUGCCGUAAAUCUGGCCGCAUGGGGCUGGCCGAGAAGUCCUUGAAGCAGCUCAUCGGCAGUGAUGCUCCGUUGGAGACAAUGAUUCCGUACUGGCCGGAUAAUAGGAGCGAGAGGUCGGGGUCUACGCCGCCGCGGAACAUCCCAGCUCAAGUUACGUAUGCCAUGCUCAAGUAUGAGUGGGAACUUGGCCAACAGCCCGCGGGGAGGCGACAGGGCAUUUCAGAGAGGACGCUGUAUUGCCUGCAGAGAUUUACAAACGAUACCGCACAUCGGCUGGAUGUGGCCAAGGCUCACCUUGCUGCCCAAGCCGGCAGCACCGAUGGCAAUCUUCCGACAGACUACGGAAUUCAGGGGCAGAUAGAUCCGUCCCUGAUGAGCCCCCAGACUCAACGGGCCUUGUAUGACCAGACCGUUUUACUGGCGAAAUGCUAUCUGCGUCAAGGAGAGUGGCUUAUUGCUCUGAAUAAGAACGAUUGGCAGCAUAGCAAGGUGCAGGAAAUCCUGAAUUCGUAUUCUCAAGCAACCAAAUACAACCCGCGAUGGUACAAAGCUUGGCAUGCCUGGGCAUUGGCAAACUUUGAGAUUGUCCAGACUUUGUCUGCCAGGACUGAGAGCCAGCUGUCUAGAGCAGACCAAACGCUGCUUAUUGAGCACGUGGUUCCUGCCAUUCAGGGAUUCUUCAAGUCCAUCGCCCUCUCAGUCGGAAGCUCUCUCCAAGACACGCUCCGCCUGCUUACUCUGUGGUUCUCACACGGCGGCAGCGCAGAUGUUAAUGCAGCUGUCAUGGAAGGCAUUAGCAAUGUCUCUGUGGACACCUGGCUGGAAGUCAUUCCACAGCUCAUUGCUCGAAUUAACCAGCCUAACAAACGGGUGCAGCAGGCUGUGCAUAACCUACUGGCCGAUGUUGGCAGAGCCCAUCCCCAGGCUCUCGUAUAUCCUUUGACGGUGGCAAUGAAAUCAUGGCAAAACUCGAGGAGGUCCCGCUCCGCGGCGCAGAUCAUGGAUAGCAUGAGGCAGCACAGUGCCAAUCUGGUUGCUCAAGCGGACAUCGUCUCCCAUGAGCUUAUUCGUGUUGCAGUUCUCUGGCACGAACUUUGGCAUGAAGGGCUGGAGGAAGCCUCUCGUCUUUACUUUGGUGACCACAAUAUCGAAGGCAUGUUCGAAACUCUUGGCCCCCUACAUGAUCUUCUCGAGCGUGGACCUGAAACCUUGCGUGAAAUUUCAUUCGCGCAAGCUUUUGGACGCGACUUGAAGGAGGCCCAAGAAUGGUGUCACCAGUAUGAAAGUUCGAAGGAUGUGAAUGACCUCAACCAGGCCUGGGACCUCUAUUAUCAGGUGUUCCGAAGGAUCUCUAGGCAGCUACCGCAGGUCACGAGCCUUGAGCUUACAUAUUGCUCGCCGAAGCUCCUCAACGCCAAGGAUCUGGAUCUUGCAGUCCCUGGAACAUACAGAAGCGGCCAGCCAGUCGUCAGAAUCAUGUCAUUUGAUACUACACUUAGUGUCAUCAAUUCUAAGCAACGGCCACGAAAGCUUAUACUCAGUGGCAGUGAUGGUGUGUCGUAUGCCUUCCUCCUCAAGGGUCAUGAAGAUAUCAGGCAGGAUGAGCGAGUCAUGCAACUCUUUGGUCUCUGUAAUACUCUGUUGGCCAACGACUCUGAAUGUUCGAAACGACAUCUGAACAUCCACCGUUAUCCUGCUAUCCCGCUAUCACAGAAUUCGGGUCUUUUUGGUUGGCUCCCAAACACAGAUACUCUUCAUGUUCUCAUUCGGGAGUACCGUGAAAGCCGGAAGAUCCUGCUCAACAUUGAGCAUCGCAUCAUGUUGCAAAUGGCGCCUGAUUAUGACAACCUCACUUUGAUGCAGAAGGUAGAAGUAUUCGGUUAUGCCCUCGACAAUACUACUGGUCAGGACUUAUACCGUGUCCUGUGGCUAAAGUCCAAAUCAUCUGAAGCAUGGCUCGAACGGCGAACCAACUAUACUCGCUCUUUGGGCGUCAUGUCGAUGGUCGGUUACAUUCUUGGCUUAGGUGACCGACAUCCGUCAAACCUCAUGCUUGAUCGUAUAACGGGCAAAAUCAUUCACAUCGAUUUCGGAGACUGUUUCGAAGUAGCGAUGAAGCGUGAGAAGUAUCCUGAGAGGGUUCCAUUCCGACUGACUCGUAUGUUGACAUACGCCAUGGAAGUCAGCAAUAUCGAAGGUAGCUUCCGUAUAACAUGUGAGCAUGUUAUGCGAGUGCUCAGGGAGAACAAAGAAAGCGUGUUGGCUGUCCUGGAAGCGUUUAUUCACGAUCCUCUCUUGACAUGGCGCUUGACAAGUACGGCAUCACCUGCUGGACCUAAUUUCCAAUCUGAGCGCGAAGUAGCUCUUGCAGGCCCGACCGCAGGCCGUGCUCGCCGGCACUCAAUUUUGAACGCAGAUGUUGCGCCUUCUGAGCUCCUUGCUGCUAAUGGCGAACCUUCGGGGCCACCUACAUCUAGGGCAAGAGCACGUACAAACAGCUCGGCGGCCCCUGAUGGUAACGCUAUUAAUGGUGCGCAGGAGACAGAGAGCCAAAAUGCCAGAGCGGUUGAAGUGCUAGAUCGGGUGCAACAGAAGCUCACCGGCCGAGACUUCAAGAAUAAUGAGGAGUUGGAUGUGAUCAAUCAGGUCAACAAGCUGAUUGUUGAAGCUACGAAACUCGAGAACCUCUGCCAACACUACAUCGGCUGGUGUAGCUUCUGGUAA